AAAAAAAACAAAUGGAACAAAGGGCAUGGUGCAAAGCUUCUAUGCAAUUGAAUUUGGUAUCCUGGAAGUAUCAGUAAAUAUGAAUCAUAUUUAAAGGCACCAAGCAAGUGAUAAUUGUUAGGAAAUUAAUGAAUAUUUAUAUCUGAAAAUGAUUCAAUCUUAGGAAAUACAAUAAAUCAACAAGAAACAUAAAUAUCAUUCCUAAUUCUGUGCAUAUUUAUAAAGGCCUUCUCUAUAGCAUACAAGAGACUGUCUUCUAACAAUUAAAAUAGAGGCGAGAGUGGGACUGUGAAACGUCAAUUCUUUACAAAAAUAAUGUUUUCAAUUUCUGUCAUCUGGAUAAUGACUAUAAUGCUUAUUUUGUAGGUUCUCUGGGCCACAUAAAACACAAGAAAGUCAGGGUUGGCCCUGUGUGUUACAUGUGUGCCUAAGCCAUGCAGAAUUCAACUGCUCUCCCAAGCAAUGUGACCUCUCCUGCCAGCAGUCUGUCAGUUGUGAUAAAGAUCUGUGUGGUCACCCCCCUUUUCUGCACCUUUUUGUACUUCAUAAUUCUGAUGCUCUUCACGUUCGCCUCGCACAGACAGUUCUGGGAGAAUUCCCGCUACGUGUUGUUUGCCUACAUGCUGAUCAACGACACCGCCCAGCUCCUGUUCUCCGUGCUGCUCUUUCUCUUCGUCAUGACCAACGUGCGCUUUGCUGUCGUGUUCUGCACACCCCUGCUGUUCAUCUCCACCGCCACUUUCCAGAACACGCCUCUCAUCCUGGCCACCAUGUCUCUGGAGCGCUAUGUGGCCAUCUGUUACCCCCUGCGGCACCCGGAGAUCUGCCGAGUGGACAGGACCUGGAUCGUGAUGGGAGCUGUUUGGCUGAUCAGCUGCAUCCUUCCUGCCGUCGAUUUUGCUCUAGCUGGGUCUUAUUCAGACAUAGACGUGUACUCGACCCCUGUACUCUGCAAGUCACAGGUCCUUAACUCUUCCCCCACUCAAACGCUGUUCAAAGUCACUAUGAACGUCUUGUUCUUUGCUCUAGUCGCUGUCGUCAUCCUGUACACCUACAUCCGCAUCUUGCUGAAGGCCAGGAAAAUGCACUCCGACAGAGCCUCUGUGAAGAAAGCCCUGCACACUGUGAUACUGCAUGGAAUCCAGCUGCUCCUCUGCAUGAUGUCCUUCACGCAUCCCAUCACUGAGAGCCUGAUAGUGCUUCACGUGGGCUGGCUGAAGGAACACAUCUCCUUCUUCAACUACUUCUGUUUCAUUCUUCUGCCCCGCUUCCUCAGCCCACUGAUAUAUGGCGUCCGAGACGAGAAACUCCGAACUCGCAUGAAGAGAGCCAUGCUGUGCUGUUCCAAUAAAAAUGUCCCAUAAUCCCUCAGGUAACCGCUUAGUAA